AUGUCUGGCAUGAUUGACCCCCAGAUCUUCGAACAUCUCAAGUCAAAGAUCGACGAAGACACCAAGGCGCGAGAUGAUCUGAACGGGAUCAUCCAGAAAUUAGAGCGUGAUGUGUCCUACACCCAGGGUCUCCUCUCGCGGGUGCACUCGACCCCAAGAUCUCACUACCCAGGCUUGCUCUCGCAAGUCGAGACCGCCAUCAAGACCGAGGUCGACAACUUCUCGCAACUGAGCGAGGUGGCCUCCAAGCACCCUUACUACAAGUACAACAGCAAGUGGACCCGGGCUGUCCAGGAUGCAGUCCUUACGGUGCUUCUCCAAGGCUGGCUGGGUGGCAACCUUGUUCCCGAGGGUAAACUGGGACGGCUUCUGACCCUCGAGGAGGUCGGGGAGCACGUCUUCCACGUGCCCGUGAACCUGAAAGACCGUGACGCCUUCCACAUCACAAUCGAGGAGUACCUCCUGGCGGUCACCGGCCUGACGGAUGAGCUUGCCCGGCUGGCCGUCAAUGCCGUGACGCUGGGAGACCACGAGCUUGCGGUGAAGAUCAGCAGUUUCGUCAAGGACAUCCACGCAGGCUUCCAGUUGCUGAACCUGAAGAACGACAUCCUGAGGAAGCGGGUGGAUGGUGUCAAAUAUGCUGUGAAGAAGGUCGAGGAUGUGGUUUAUGACCUUUCGCUGAGGAACUUGAUCCCUACGUCUUGA